UGUGACUGUUUUAUUGUCAGUUUUGUAAACAACGAAGAUAUAGCUUGGCUCCAUAAGUUAAGAGUGGUAAACGUGACCGAAGAACAUUUUAUACAGCGACAGCCCCCAGAGGAAGUUUUGCCUCUAAUUGAUAUCCGCCAUCUGCGUGGAAUAUACCGAUAGAUCGUUCCAUAGAGAUAAAAGCAUUGGUAGCACCAGCUUUGUCAUAUUAACCAAGUGUCUUGCUUUGAACGUGCGUCCAUUGUCCAAACAUCACGUCACGUUCAGCGAUCGUCAGCGACAGCGGCAUUUCAUACGAGAUUGCCAAUCUUGUCGUUAUUCUCGAAUCGCCCGCAUUGUCGGGUGCGUUCUCUAGUCGAAGACUCGGUCGAUAGUAAAGAAGUGGUUUUUCCAAAUAAUCUUUGAGGAAAUGGGGAAACCAGCAAAGCCUAAGGCCAAUUCGGACUUGGAAAAUUGGGUGUGUCGACUGACAAAGGAACAACAUUUUCGGCUUUUUUACUGAAUCACACCGGAGAUAAGACGUCGCUGAGACAACUCCGAAUAGGAGCGGCGGCGUGUGUAACAAGGACUUCAUCGUUGAGAGCAUUGAAAAUGGCUGAAGAACGCACUACACGAAAAUUGUUCUGAGCAUCUUUUAUAAAGGCUUAUUGUUAGAUGAGUCUAUGUAACUUAGCUACAGUCUGAAUGCAGUUUGUGGGUUUUUUUUCCAAAACUGUUCAACGGUACUACUCAGUUGGCAUCGUUUAUUCACUGCGUUUUUGAUUCGCGUAUUGAUUUUUCGGAGCCGGGACUCGUUUCCAUGACUUGCACAGUCGUCUGAGCAGAUGAAGGGCUUUGUGGAAAUGUGUGACACUAGGGCGACCGCUCAGGUCGACGUGCCUUCGACGAACAAGAUUGGAAAAAUUUACAAGAAUACUGUAAGAAAAGUAAAGAAGACGCAACUUAACAAAGGCAAGCAAAAUGCCAGCAAAACAUCAGCGACGAACGUCAUUGGUCAUGUGAGUGGAUUCACUGUUACAAGAAUAAGUCCACGUGCUAAGAAGACACUAGAAACAGCGGGAGGCGAUGCCCAGUUGUCCCGAGAACCUUGCACAUCUACUAAACACGUGACAUUUGCUGAGUCUCCGAAUAUUCGCGAAAAUAAAGCUGACACUGUGAAGGCUGUGGGAAAGGUUACAGCGGCAGCUUCCCAAAGUACAAUAUCACGACUUGCGGCUCGAACGUUUUCUGCUCGCGGUUCACCCUCAAUCGAAUCUCCUAUCAAUGAAGCCGAUGCUCACCUCCCUAAAAAACGAAAAAAGGCCACCAGUGUACAUAUUGAGGACGCUGACGUACGAAAGUCGACAACUGCAAUCAGGCGGAUUUCUGUUGAUUCAACCCCUAGAAGAAUUUUUGAGACUCCUAAGCUACAAAACUCUCUCGAAAAGUCGGACUCUCACAGCGAUAGCGCCAAUGUUUCCAAUUAUCGGCGUAGGGUAUACGCGAAGGGCACUCCUUGCGGCAAUCUACUAUGCAUUGAUCCUUUAGACGAUGAAGAUGACCAACUUAAUGGUUUUGCUGUAGAGAAUGCAAUGGAGAAUCCCGAAGUUGUAGUGGGUAAGAUGUCGUUAGAGAAAAAGUUCUAUGAAGAUCCUUUGGAGGCUUGUGCAACAAGCAGCGAAACAUUGUGCCCAUCUGGGUUAUCCCGUUCGGCUACAUCACUGCGUCGUACACUCAGUCCUUCCAGUGGCAGCAGCUUUCGGAAAAUUGAUUCAGAGAAGCGAUACAGCUUACCAGUUGCAGCAGAUGAAAUAGAAAUGCCCAAUGCCUUUUCGAAAAUCAAGCCCACAUUGUGGACCAAACAGGAUUUAUCGGCUAAUACCCGUAUUGUGCGACCUAACUUCCAGCAAGACGAACAAAGGAUCGCUUUGGAAAUGGUAUCGACUAAUUCGGCUACUCCUUUUGCAGAGGCGAUAUGUGCUCCGGCGAAGUAUGAUCUCGUCGGUAAUGGCGAUUAUGCACCAACUUCAAUGAUGGAAGCAGACAAAGCGGAUACCUCUCCCGUGACCCGAUGGUCGAGUGAAGCCGAUUCAAAGUGGGCUGCGCUUACAGCAAUAGAGCCUCAUAUCGAUAUUUCCAGUGACACAAAAGUGAUGCAAGAAUGUCCAGAGCGUGUCUCCAAGAAUUACAAGCUGAAUAAUUGCUAUCAAGGACGUCAGCCAAAACAAAACUUUCCCGAGAACUCUCCAUCCAGUGAAAUCGAAAAUAACAAACAUAGUGAUUCUCCAUUGGGAUCUCACUCCGCUGUGAAGAUACCUAAAAAGCACGAACGGCGACCAAGCUUUAUUGUUCCUCCAGCCGAUCAGCAGCUCAGAAGCGGCGCCAAUGGACCAGAAGUUGGUAGCAUUGAUCACUUGGAUAUAAUGGCUGCCGGAACCAUAAAAGCAGAGAGCUACUGCGACGCUACAGAAGAAGUUGAACUUGAGGACCGUUCUCGAACACUUAACGAUAUAUCAACAGAUGGCGAUGUAUAUGACGAUCAUGGGGAAAGGACAUUAAAUGAAAGCCUCGCUAACUUGCCGCCAGAUGAAGACGAGAAGCAACCGCGUCUUUCAGAUAACCCGAGCGACCCGACGUCUGAGAUAGAUCUCAAACUCGAAGAACCGACUGAAGAAGAUCAUGCAACUUUACAGCCAGUCGGGCAGCAAGUAGGUCUAGCUGUCGAGCGUUCACCUGGUAAAAACGCGGGAGCAAUGGCGGAAGGCACUAGAAACGACGAGGAUUUAAUGAGUCCGGGUUCGCCGGCAAACUUUUUGGCUGCACGACCAGAAAGUGAUAUCGUGGAAUCAACUCCAGAUCAUAUUGCCAACAUAUUAACGAAUAAUUCUGAUGUAUUCUCGAGAGUCAGGAUGGAUCUAAGUGAUGACGAGGUGCGAAAAACUACGCAUAGCAUUGUCGACCAAGUAGUAAAAUUAGACGAAUACGAACAUAGUCAUUCUGUAAGCAUGGAACCAAAAGUGAUACAUCAAGCGAGGCAUACUACCUUGAGCGAGAUCAUGCAGGUUGCAGAUUCUAAACCAUCUGUCAGCUCCGAAGCAGCUUGUAUGACUUCGGAAUUCUCACAUUCUUCUAAAAUGGUUGACGUCUUCAAGCAGCGGAGGUCACAAAUCAUACUCGAUGAGGAAGAGCCUAUGGAAACAUCGGUCCUUCUCACUCCGGUUGUCUCUGGCAAUAAUAUGCGUGUAGAGCAAGAUAGUCCUUUGAGUAGGACUAACACGGGCAUUUUGAAAGUUCCAGGUGCAAGUAGCCAGGCUGAUAUUUCGAGCGCAUCGCAAAUAUCUAAUCCACUUACCGUAAAAGCCUUGAUACAUGUGAUCGAGGCUUCAGAGAAUCAAGAAAAGUCAAAAAAAGACGCGUCGAGUUUCGUGAUUGCAUGCGACUAUUCUAGUACAGAGAACAAAAGUACUAAAAAGUUAAGUACGAAAGCGUCGUAUGGUACAAAACCAAAUGAAGAUAUAGAAGAGACCUUUCCUACAGAAUCUUCAGCUUCGAAGUCUUGUGAGUCUGAAGAGCCAAUAGAAGAAGUUCAGCCUGCCAAAAACAUUGACCUGGAGUCUAUUUUGAAUUCCCCUGACAGCAUUGUAAGUUCCGAAGCCACGUCUGAUUCUGGGCCUUUGAACAAAAACGAGGUUCAGGUAGCUUUAACAAAAUCCAAGGCAACCCUUGAUAAUGAAGACGAUGAGGAUUCUGAAAGUGACUCUUCUUCCGAUCAGCUGUCUAAAGUCUUAAAUGUCACUGAAAAACACAGUAAGACAAGGACAGAGAAGGCAGGUUCAAUGGUCACUGAACUUAGUACUCAAGAUGAAAACACUGAGCAGGAUGUGUUGAUAUCACCGCUUGAUAGUUUAAACCGUAGUGAAAAUCCUCGCAAGGAUGAUACGUCCAUCGGAGCAUUCGGUUUGAACGAGGGUACUGCAGAAUCAACGGUCGAGUCCGAGAUUGUCGGUACAAGCAUCAAAGGCAAGGUAGAUACAGAGAAGCCUAUAUGCGAUUCUCCGCAAGAUUCGUCGGCUGUAACAAACGAGGUUGAGCCAGGAUCUGGUUCUGAAAAGUUGCAUAAAAUUGCAGAGGAGCUUCGAAGUGAAACCGCUACGAAAGCUUUGCCCCAUCAGGAAACUGUGCGAAACGAGUUGAUUGAAGAACAUUCUGCAAGGGCAUACGUAAAUGCAGAUCCGCCGAAGCAGUCUGUCAUAAAAAAAGCCCUUCGUGAAGAUUCUGUUGCAGUGGAUAGUGCUCCUCGACUAGUGGAUGAGAAAGGCAGUUUGCGCAAGAUGAGAGCGCAAGUUUUAGAAAAUGAUGAAACCUCUCCAGAGAAAAAGAAUGUUAAUCCAUUAAAAGACGAAGAAACAGCCGUUACUGGAGUCGUAGCGGACGAGACACCCGCUAACGUCGACACAGAAGUGGAGACUACUUAUCUCACUCCUCGGCAGCCGUCAAGAGUGACGAGAUCUACACGAAGUAAAGCCAGAACUCCAGCGCUAGCGAAGACCCCAAGCACUUCGACUGCUUCUGAACGAUCUUAUCAGGUGUCUCAAACAGACGCCGAGCCGCCAGGUUCUCUCGAACAAAUGACACCAUCCACUACGAAGCUCACUUCGAAAGCGAAGGCAACACCGUCCUCUACUCGAAAUAGCAAAGUAAAUGAUGAUAACGCGGUCGUAAGGGAACCAUCAAACAAAAUUAAAGAACCCACUCGAGCAGCUCGCGCAUCGAGAAUACCGGCCCGUUCGGGUGCCGCGUUAGCUGUAAAUACAGUGGAGACGGCGGACGGGCCAAUGACACCUCGGAGAAGUGCACGCCACGCAAAAGCAGCAGCAUUGCUUCCAACAGCGGAGGGUAACGGGGCCCGCAAAAACACCUCCAAGAGAGAAUCCCAUAACGUGACAAGGUCAAAGAAAUGACAGUUUUUCCCCUGUAGAUAUAUACGUACACACAUAUGUAUAGAAUAAUUUACACAUAAUGAAAAUUUUGUAUUAACCGUGAUAAGGGCAUGAGAUUAUUUUAGCUAGAGCUGAACUAAUUAAGUGUAUGAGGACGCAAGAAAUUAUUCGUCUUUGCAAACUCAAUUUGGCACCAUUUUCACAAUGCCAUUUACUAUCGGUUGUAAAACGGAGAUACGUGAAUAAAUAGCCAUGAAGCAAAACAUUCGUUGUAUAAAUCUUUCAGCCGCUAUAUAACAAAAAAUUUGACUCUUGAGACUCAGAAUUAAUGUUUCUUAAUAUAUAUAUAUAUACGUAUAGCUUCGAGUUUGUGGGUGGGUGGGUGAGCGUGUCGAGUGUGACAUCGUCAUGAGCGAAUUAAAAUUGACUGCACAUAUCUUGGUCGGAGGUGAACCGCAGCUAUGCGUGGUACUAUGUGUGGUGUCUUCAAUGAAAGUUCAAAUACCCGUUAAGCUCCGUGGACGGUAGUGAUACAGUAAGUGCUUUCCGAAGAUCCAAGCUCAUGUGUUUAAUCCACUUCGCAAACCAGUUAUGUUAUAAAAUGAAGAAUAAGCAACAUUGCUUAGUGUAUAAAUAUAUACGUACAUGUGUAUAUUUAUAUACGAACUUCUCUAUUAUGGCUCGUAUGCGGUGAACGAUGGUUGCCAACAAGGUUUUGUUGUCAGUUUUGCACUAUUUCAAAUCGUCAAUAUGGCGCAGUCGUAGAUGCGUCCUGCGAACAUUAUGUUCUAGUUAUGAUUAAUGAUAUUGGGGAAUUGAAAUUAAUGUAAGAGUAUAAUUACCUACAUUUAAAAAUAGUCACAGUACAGUCUAAGAGCUCUAAAGAGUAGUUCGCACUUUUGCUGUUCUGGAAGCAUUCUACAUGCUUUAAAAUAUCUCGAUUUCACGAAAAACGUGGAUAAGGAUACCUAGUGACAUUGUAGUAUAAAAAUAAUAUGAUAUAUAAUUGGAGAUUUGUGUGGAAUACCGUAUCGUAUGUUUGCAGUGAUUAUUAUUGUAAAUAUAGCCCAUUUCAUUGAUGGUUGUUAUAUUUUAUGAUCUCAAAACAAUAGAGAGAAGAUGCUUUCUGUAAAAAUGUCUACCCUCUGCUGUAAUAAAUACGCGAACAAUCCAUAUUCACUUAUAGGUUACUACGGUUUUUAAGUUCUUUCAAUUUACUUAUUUAGUUCUUGAGAAGAAAUAAAGAAGU